AUGAUCGGUACCGGAAUUGACUGUUUCGCCUCCUACUGCCUCAGCAAGCAAGGAAAGAUGGGCAUCAAUGUGGGUGGCUACAGAUUUCGAUUCAAUGGAUGCGCUAGAAAUGGAAAGAUAAGGUGGCGGUGCUCCAGAGGCCCUUGGUGCAAGGCUGCCCUUCACACGUACAGAGGACGCAUCGUCUACAUACAAGGGACACACAACUGUGGCCCUAAACCGGCCCCAGUUUCAUAA